AUGGAUGUCACAGCCGACUCGUUUUCCUACCAUCUCCCCAGGAUCUUAGAUGACCUGGCAGCCUGCUGCUUUGUCUCUCUGGAUUUCGAGUUCUCAGGAAUUGCAACAAAUACCGUUGGGCCGUCGAGGGGCUCACAGAGCCUACAGGCCCGGUAUGCGGAGACCAAACGAGCGGCCGAUAAAUAUCAGAUUUUGCAAAUCGGCUUGACAGUCUGCCAUGAAGACACCGAAACAGCAACGUAUACCCUGAAGCCGUACAAUCUCUAUCUUAGCCCCAUCAUCGACCAGAAGUUAGAGGUCGAGAGGGAUGGGACUUUUCAAAGCGGUGCGGUUGAGUUCUUACUGGCAAACAAGUUCUCUAUGGACUCUUAUUACAGAAAUGGCGUUUCUUAUCUGUCCCGAGAAGAGGAGGACCUGGCCAUCGCCAAAGCCAAAGAAAGACAUGAUCGUACGGUGGUCUGCAGUACACUGGAUGUCAAAGAGACAGAGCACGAAUCAAUCAAGUUUCUCAAAGCUACUCGACGCCUGGUUGACGAUUGGCUUGCUCGCGGUAAUACCCGUGAAGGAUAUCUCAAUAUACCACCACCUAGUCGCGCCAAUGAGUCUCACGAGUCCAAGUUAUUCCCUGCGACCUUGAACAGGUUCCAGAAACGGCUCGUUCAUCAGCUGAUCGAAGCGGAAUAUCCGUCUCUAGUGACGAUUGGCAAGCCUACGUUUGUUCAAAUCAUCAACUACAACGAAGAACGUGAAAAGGCCAUCAAAGAGCAACAGCUAAAGCGCACGCAAGAACGAAUUUGGAGACAGACUGGUUUCAGAUGGAUUGCAGAGGCAUUGGCUGGAGGGAAUUUAUCAAACCUGGAUGCGGGUUACUUUACGGGCAUACUGUCCAGCUCCAUUGCUGUGAAAUCCAAGCAUUCACUCAGGGAGUUUUCCGAGAAGCUCAAGGAAGCAUUGAAAUCCCAUCGACCUGUUCUAGUCGGUCACAACCUUUUCACGGACUUGGUGUACUUUUGCAGAUGCUUUCUCGGUCCCCUGCCAGAUCGAGUGGAGGAUUUUCAAGCAAUGGCCCACGAGCUAUUUCCAAUGCUGAUGGACACGAAAUACAUGGCUACUCAUGAUUGUGGUUCUAUCAACCCCAGGUCUUCGCUCCAGGAAAUCAAUGAUAGUCUGGUGCAACAAGCAACACCUCGAAUCAAUGUACAUCACCAGCAUGGAAAGUACAAAACCCAGCGGAUUGAUCAUGAAGCGGGCUAUGAUAGCUUCCUUACUGCCCAGGUCUUUAUCAAGCUGUCCGCUCAGCUUCGCGAUGGCGGCACAUCCAGGCUUCCUGGACCAGCCCCGAUAGAGCGUGGGAUAUCUACUGCAAGCAAAACCCCCACUGAUCAAAAACCAGAACGAAGCAGCCACAGCCAACAUCUUAAAGACCUUAACACGAGAUUUGAUCUCAUCCAAGUUGAAGAAGACCUGGACGCUCUGGAAAGCGUUCCUCCUAAUGCCGAGGUCUCGCUAGACAGCAGUCCAGAAGUGACACGAAGGGUCAACGCCGGGGAAUUGAUCCCUCGACGAGGAGCACAAUUUUGGCAAGUCUACGGAAACCAAUUGCGACCCUCAAUAGUCGACUCCAGAGUGUGCAAGAGCUGCCAGGAGACCCUAGUCCGUCGCAAUUAUGCCUCGGCCGCAACCACAGCUGAGGCAGAGACCGUUCCUUCAGCGACAUCUACCUACCCCGUCGUGAAGCCGACCUAUACCAUCAACGCCGGAGUGGUUCUCUCCCGCCCACCCCAGAUCACCCGCGACCUGACACAGUUCGAAAAGUCGUAUUACUUCUACCAGAAACGCCUGAACGAGCGAUUGGCUAUGCCUUUCACAAAAUACUUUUACUUCAAGCGCGGAACGCCGGCGGACGAGGACUGGAAGCGGAAAAUCCGGGAGCGCCAGACCCCUGCGCGUGACAUUGGCAAUUACAACGCGUACUCCAAGGAGGCAUGGAACGAUGAACUGUUGGUCGGGGCAGUCGAUGCCGAGCCCGAUCACCAGGUGGAAAUGUUGGUGCAGGACGCAGAGGCUACUGUCAAUGCCACCUCCCAGGAUACUAGCAAGAAGGAAGAAAUCCCCAGACCGUUUCCCCGAGUAACGGAGGCAGACCAGAAGGGAGACCAGAGAAGUCUGAACCGAUUGCUGCAGAGGACACUCUACCUCCUUGUUCAGUCCAAGGAGGGAUACUGGAAGCUCCCAAGCUCCCCGGUUGAACAUGAGGAGACUCUUCGUUUGGCCGCUGAACGUACCCUCGCACAAUCUGCAGGUGUCAACAUGAACACCUGGAUGGUUGGCUACCACCCUGUCGGCCACCACGUGUACAACCUCCGAAGACCCAAGCUCGACGAAGCGGCCGGAAAGGAACAUAUGGGCGAGAAAACCUUCUUCAUGAAGGGUCGUAUUAUGGCCGGACAGGCAGAUCUGUCCGCCAACGUGCAGAACCUCCAGGACUUUAAGUGGGUGUCCCGAGAGGAGAUGGCCAAGUUUGUGUUGCCGCAGUACUACAGCAGCGUCAAGAACAUGCUGGCUGAUCGGUAG